AUCAAUCUCGCAUUUCGUUGCAUUUUCAUGAAGUUGCGUGACAAUAUGGUGGAUGAUGAUACUGUUUCCAAUGAUCUUUCUUUACUUCCUGAUCUCAAUAACGAUUCCUCUACACCUAUCAAUAGUAUCGAAUUCGAUUCAUCCAUUAUUGAUCUCAUAAACUUGGAAGAUGGAGGUGAUACACCAAAUCUCGUACCAGAACAUAAUCCGUUUCUUGAAUCUAUGGUUGGACCUAAACAAGAAGAAGAAGAAGAUUCACAUGUUGUUGUUGAAACAGAGUCUCCAAAGGUGUAUAUUGCACCAAGAGUCAUGAUAAACCAUCAAGACUCGUUUUCACUAGACUCUCGAAUUGAUUGCAUCGAAGAUGCAAGGAUUAGUUUGCCUGAUUCACCAAGAGGAAUCCAAGAACUUGGUCUCUCACAUCUUAGAGUUCCUGGCUCACCAAGAGCUUUUGUGCUUCCAAGAACAACUGGAUCACCACGUUUCGGGUCUCCUACGAGUCCGGUUUUGAUCGAUACCGCUGCACCAUUCGAAUCGGUCAAAGAAGCAGUUUCCAAGUUUGGUGGGAUCACAGAUUGGAAAGCUCAUAAAAUCCAGACAAUAGAGAGACGCAAGACGGUGGAUCAAGAACUUGAGAAAAUACAAGAGGACAUGCCUGAGUACAAGAAACAAGCCGUUGUAGCAGAAGAGGCCAAGCAGAAGGUGGUGAUGGAGCUUGAGAGAACAAGGAGCGUGGUCGAAGAGCUUAAACUCGAGCUAGAAAAGGCUAAGAAAGAAGAGCAACAAGCGAAACAAGACUCUGAUCUUGCAAAGCUGCGUGUGGAGGAAAUGGAGCAAGGGAUAGCCGAUGAGGCGAGUGUGGCGGCCAAAACGCAGCUCGAGGUGGCUAAAGCGAGGCAUUUUUCAGCUGUUUCUGAGCUAGGGAACAUAAGAGAAGAGAUAGAGAUAGUCUCUCAUGAGUAUGAGUCUCUGUUGAAGGAAAAAGAUUCGGCUGUGAAAAAAGCAGGGGACUCUGUUCUGGAAGCUAAAUAUGUAGAGAAACAGAUGGAAGGUUUAACAAUAGAGGUGAUUGCAACCAAGGAGUUAUUGGAGUCAGCACACACAGCUCAUCUCGAAGCUGAAGAGAAGAAACUCAAUGCAGUUAUGGCUCGAGACCAGGAUGUUUAUAACAGGGAGAAGGAACUGAAAAUGGUGGAAGAUGAGAUCGAGAGGCUAAGACAAGAAAUCCAAGCGGCAGAUGAUGUGAAAAUCAAAAUAGAGACUGCUUCUGCACUUCAGAAAGAUUUGAGAGCGGAAAUUUCGGCUUAUAAAGACGAGAACGAUGAUAUGGGAAAGAGAAACAAUAGUGACAUAGAAGCAGCGGUUGAUUCCGCGAGGAAGGAGCUUGAAGAAGUUAAAUCCAACAUUGAGAAAGCGAUUUCUGAGGUGAAAACGUUGAAGAUAAUCGUUGGAUCAUUGCAGUCUGAAAUGGAAAGAGAGAAGAAAGAUCUCUCAGAAACGAAACAGAGAGAAGCUGUUUCGAUUCAGAGUAAUAGUGAAGAAGCAAAGGAGGAGAGGUGCGCAGAGAUAGCCAAGAAGUUGCAAGAAGCUGGCAAGGAAGCAGAGGAGGCAAAGUCACUUGCCUUAGCUGCUCGGGAGGAGCUGAGAAAGGCCAAGGAAGAGUCAGAUCAAGCAAAAACAGGAGUCUCUGCAAUAGAAAGUAAGCUAGUUGAGGCGAAAAAGGAAAUGGAAGCUGCAAAAGCUUCUGAAAAGUUGGCCUUAGCUGCAAUAAAAGCGUUGCAAGAGACACAACGUGCUAACAAGAUUGAGGAUAUUAGUAGUUCACCAAGAAGCAUAAUAAUUUCUGUGGAGGAAUAUUAUGAGCUAAGCAAGCAGGCACAUGAGGUAGAGGAGGCAGCCAACAGAAAACUAGCAGAGAUCGUAUCUCAGAUUGAAGUGGCAAAGGAAGAGGAAUCAAGAAUCUUGGAAAACCUAGAGCAAGUGAAUAGAGAAACAGCUAUUAGAAAAGAAGAGCUAAAAGAAGCUAUGGGGAAAGUUGAAAAGGCUAGAGAAGGAAAGGUUGGUAUGGAUCCGGAGUUGCGAAAAUGGAGCUCAGAAAAUGGGACUAAGAGCCCGGAGACGAGGAAAAAGGAGAAACAUGACUUAAGCAAGUCAAAAUCGGCUUUACAUUCAGCAAGAUCAUUUGCAUUUGGUGAACAAGGAAGCAGCAGCAAUGUUGGAGAUAGUAGUAAUGUGACACCUGAAACAAAGAAGAAAAAGAAACGGUUUUCUUUGCUGCCAAAAGUCUUCAUGUUCUUGUCAAGAAGGAAAUCAAACAAGUAAAACCGACCCCAAUUCGUUA